AUGGCUACCUUCCUCAGUCGCGAGGUUUGCCCAACUAUAAAGAACAUACUUUUGUUGGAUUCCGAAGGAAAGAGAGUUGCAGUGAAGUACUAUUCUGAUGACUGGCCAACAAACAGUGCGAAGCUAGCAUUUGAGAAGUCAGUCUUUACCAAAACUCAAAAGACAAAUGCUCGAACUGAAGCUGAGAUAACAAUGCUGGAGAACAACAUUAUUGUCUAUAGGUUUGUUCAAGACUUGCACUUCUUCGUGACUGGGGGUGAUGAUGAAAAUGAACUGAUCCUAGCUACUGUGCUACAGGGCUUCUUUGAUGCAGUUACCCUUAUCCUCAGGAACAAUGUUGAACAAAGGGAGGCACUUGAGAACUUGGAUUUGAUUCUUUUAUGUCUUGAUGAGAUUGUUGAUGGAGGGAUGAUUCUUGAAACUGAUGGUAGCAUAAUCGCUGGAAAAGCUGCCACCAGUAGUAACAUGGAUGAUGGGGCUUCAUUGUCUGAGCAGACAAUAUCUCAAGCUCUAGCCACAGCUCGUGAACACUUGACAAGAUCACUUCUCAGUUAUUUAAACCACCUGAUUUACAGGUGGUGCUUUGCUGCAAUCUUUUAA